ACGACAGAAUCCCCUUCCUUUCUCCGAUCAAUCUGACUGAGCAACCCAAAAAUCAAAAUCAAAAUCGCAAAAACCCAAAACCCUAACGGCCUAAUCGCCAUUUCCUCCCUGUCCCCACCCCGCCGCCUCCGCUGCCGCGGCUCCUCAUCCCCUCCUCCGCCGCCCGCUGCUGCUCCUGCUACGGCGGCCGUCUCAUCCUACUCCCGCCGCCGCAAGUUGUGCUGCUCUCUGCUCUCCGCUCUCCGCUCUCCGGCGCCCCUCCCUGCCGAGUGCGGACAGAACGUUGUUCGAUCUCUUACUGGAAACACAGCCGCAAUGCCUACAGUGAGCGUGGGAAGGGACUGUCUCUUCGCUGCCUUAGGGCAAACUUACACUCAAGAGAAGUUCGAGGAGCUUUGCUUCAACUUUGGAAUUGAGCUCGACGAUGUGACUACUGAGAAGGCCAUUAUGAGAAAGGAGUGUCAUUUGGAAGAAGCAGCAGAUGAUGACGAGGAAGUUAUCUAUAAAAUUGAGGUCCCUGCUAACAGGUAUGAUCUACUUUGUCUAGAGGGGCUUGCUCAAGCCCUCCGGGUUUUCAACGGGAAGGAAGGAACUCCUGCAUACACCCUAGCAAGCAUUAGCAAGGAAUCAAUGCUGAAGAUCCAUGUACACAAGGAGACGUCCAAAAUUCGGCCGUAUGUUGUUUGUGCUGUUUUGAGGGAUAUCAAUUUCGAUGAAGCCAGUUAUAACAGCUUCAUUGAACUCCAGGACAAGCUUCAUGAGAACAUAUGCAGGCGAAGGACUCUGGUCGCAAUUGGUACCCAUGACCUGGACACACUUCAAGGCCCAUUCACUUAUGAGGCCCUCCCACCAGAAAAGAUAAACUUUGUACCACUGAAACAGGAGAAAAACUUCAGAGCUGAUGAACUGAUGGAGGUUUACAAGUCUGAUUUGAAGCUGAAGAAGUAUCUGCAUAUCAUUGAGAACUCUCCUGUGUACCCAGUCAUAUACGAUUGUAGAAGAACUGUCUUGUCUCUUCCUCCCAUCAUUAAUGGUGCACAUUCGUCUAUCACUUUAAAGACGAAGAAUGUAUUCAUAGAAUGUACAGCCACUGAUCUGACAAAGGCCAAGAUUGUUUUGAACACAAUGGUGACAGCUUUUUCAUUGUAUUGUCGGAAUAAGUAUGAAGUUGAACCAGUUGAAGUAGUAUAUGAUGGUGGGAAGUCAUUAAUAUCCCCUGAAUUAUCUGAAUACAGUAUGGAAGUUCCUCUUUCAUACAUCAGUCGCUCAAUUGGAGUCUCUUUGAAGGCAGACGAGGUUGCUAGCCUGUUAAAUCGGAUGCAGUUGCGUGCUGAGAAAGGUGCAUCUGGUGGUGAACAAAAUAUCAAAGUAUCAGUACCGCCUACAAGAAGUGAUGUCCUUCACCCCUGUGAUGUUAUGGAAGAUGUUGCAAUUGCUUAUGGUUAUAAUAACAUACCCAAGACAAAGUUUCCAUCUUCCGAGGUGGUGUCCUUGAUUGAGCUUGAGGAUCUUCUCAGAUUGGAGGUUGCAAUGAACGGAUUCACAGAGAUCAAGUCAUGGAUUUUAUGUUCUUACCAAGAGAAUUUUGCCAUGUUAAACCGGACUGAUGAUAAAUCAACAGCAGUUAUUAUUGCCAAUCCCCGUUCCGCUGAUUUUGAGGUUGUCCGAACCACCCUCAUGCUUGGAGGACUAAAAACUAUCGGAAAAAACAAAAACAAGUCCAAACCCAUUAAGCUUUUUGAAGUGAGUGAUACGGUACGGCUGGAUGGUACUAAAGAUGUUGGCGCAACAAAUGUUCGGUGUCUUACAGCUCUGUAUUGUGGUACUAAUUCAGGAUUUGAGAGGAUUCAUUCAUUGCUAGACAGAGUGAUGGAAGUGAUGGCAACUCCAUUUGUACCAAUUGGUGACUCCAGUGGGUACUACAUACAGAGAUCUGAUCAUGCACGUGAAUUCCUUCCUGAUAGACAAGCUAGCAUCAUUUACAAAGGAAAGCACAUUGGCAUGUUUGGUAUCGUGCAUCCGCAGGUGCUGAAAAAUUUUGACAUCCCGGAUCCGUGUUCUGUCUUAGAACUAGACAUCGAGCCUUUCUUACAAGCUUGAUGAGUCAUCUUGAGAAGCGUGAGUAACUCACAACUGUUGAGACUUUCAUUUCGGCGAAGUCGAGACGUUCCAUUUGCCGCUCUGAAAAUUGGGUGGGCUCUUAGCAGCAGGUGUAUCAACGUUUCAUCUAGCUAGACGGUUUACA